AGUUAACUCUUCUACAAGAUUACUCAUAUUAAUAAUCCACUUAUGGAAGGUAUCGAUGAAGUGCUGGCCAUUUCGAGCUUAGUGAGGUCUUUGACACAGGAAUUGUCCGACUCUACUGAGAAUAUCCAGAAAUUAGAGUCAAUAACCAAAGGACUCGUAACACCACAAGAGUAUGAACAAUUGAGUCAGAGUCAAUCCACCACUCAUGAAUCUGAGAAUCAACAAAUAACUUUAGAAGAAGAGGAAGAUUAUAUAAUUCUGAAACUAGAAACGGAUCGAAUCAAUUUGGUAUUGGAACUACAGAAACAAGAGUACUUUGAAGAUAAAUUAAAGGAAGUCGUUAUACAGAAUGAAGAUCUCGUUGCUAAUGUUAAGGAAUACCUUGAAUCUCGAGAUGCUAUUCAUCAAGAAGAUGUACAGUAUGUAAAUCAACGAUUUGAUCAUUAUUCUGAACAAAUGCUUCAGCCUACUAUUGAUCUGUUAGAUUCACGAUUGUUUGAUUUACAUCGAGGUGUUCAUAAGAUAAGAGAAAUACUAACUACAUUGAUAAGUCAUAAUAGUGAAAACGAUACAAUAUUACAUUCACCGGAGUAUCAACAUAAACUUGAUCUAUUGGUUGAAUCCAUAAAUAAAAUAUACGAUGAUAUAUAAUGACGUUACGGUAUAUAUAUAUAUAUAUAUAAUUCUAACCUAUUAAGGGAUCAAUACUAUCAGUAGAAGAUAUAGACAGUCCAGACCGUUUAGUAUCUAUCG